GAGGUGGUCCGACCCAGCAGGCUCAGGAAGCUGUGGCAUCACACUUUCCAAAGAGGAGUAAAGCACCAAGGAGUCAGGAGUCACCCAUAAUGUGGAGAAAGCUGCCUGUCGGGAGCCAAGGGUCGACGGAAGACAACCAAGACAACGUCCACUUCAGCAGAGUCUCUUACAUAAAAGAAGAGACAGAAUAUGUGAGGAAGAUUUGUUCAGAGCUGGAGAAGAUGAAGAAAAGGACGCGUGGGAGCGAAGAAGCGCCGGCAGAAACGAAGGGCCGGGGUCCGUCCGUCGGCACGCGGCAGCUCCGCGGCCGCACUUCCCCGCAUCCUCGGCAUCGGCGGGUCCUGGAGGAGCUGAACGCGAAAGAGAGCCAGCUCUCCGGCAUCCUCGCGGAGAACCGGGAACUUCGGCUAAAGCUGGAGGCCUUACGGGAGGCUGGGGCCGAGACCCUCCGAAACGCAUCCGCCAGGCUGUUCCAGCGCUACCGGAAGCAGAUGCAGGAGGAGAAGGAGGCCUAUGGUGAGCUGAAGAGGACCUUACAGACACGUAUCACGGAGCAGGAGGAUAAAUUAUCUACGCGCCUGAAACGUUUGAAGAGUCUGGAGCGAAAACUGCAGGAUAAACAGCACGAAGUCCGUGAAAUGGAGACACGCAUUGAGAGGAUGCGGGAGGAACGGAUCGCCUUGACAGCAAGGAAAAACUUAAUUGAGCACAAAACCAUGUGUAAGCUGUCAAAGGUGCACAAGCCACGUCUUGAAGCAGAGAGCUUGAGGAGUCACAAAGUGGAGAUCUGCACCUUAGGAGAAAAGAUCUGCCAUCUGGACGACGUGAUCCUCAGUCAGAGCAACAAAAUCCGCUGUUACCUGCAGCAGAUCAAGGAGCUGAAUGUAGAUCUCUCGGCCCAGGAGAGCGCAGUGGAGUCUCUCACAGAGAAGCUGCACGCUGCUCAGGCCCAGAAUGAAGAGCUGAAGUACCUGCUGGAAUUCUGGAGCAGUCAGACUCCCGAGGAGCCAGCUGGCACCGCCGCGAAGCGGGACUACGGAUGUCGGCAAGAAGUGCACUUUUAGCUCCCGGCGUUUUAUUAUAUUCCUCGGGGGUUGCGGUUUAAGCUCUUCGAGAUUGAAGGUAUACUUAAAAAGCACUCGAUUUUCACGAGAACCGGGUCGCGCGGCGGCAGUCGGCCCAGGGAAGACCGUAACUGUGGACUCGGUAAUAGAAAUGCAGUUAGAACAGCCUCCAACAAAUGGACUCCAGAAAGACGUGCUACUGAACGGAAGACGUCCGGCACACAGUCGUGACAAAACUCCUUAGAUAUACUGUACCUCGCACAGUGCGUUCAACAGAGCGUGGGUGGCCAACGGCAGCAAAGACCACAUCGACCCUAACGACUGCAGUAUUUAAUUAAAAUACCCAACAAGCAAUGUGUGUUAACCCCUAGAAGAGGAACAUCCUGGAGCAUGGUAAUAUACAUCACAAAGCAGACAGAGUGCAAACUGCGGUGCAGUAUCUAAAGACACCCAAACACACAAUGCCAUGUUUUGUCCGCCGCUAUAACGUUUUACAUUUUCUUUGCUCUAGCGAAGUCUCGCCAGUUACCACGGCAUGUUAAAAAAUGCCAUUGUUCUGCUUAAGACAGACAGUGAUUCUCAGAAUGGCUGUUUCGCAAAUAAUCAUAUAAUAUCCAGUGAGCUGUUGAGCAAUUUAUAUACUCUUGAUGUAAAAAUAGUUAAAAGAGGCUUCGAACCUAUGACCGAACAACCCAAGGGUUGUGCGAUAGCAGCGCUACCUGCUGCAGCGCUAUGCUGCCUCCAAAAAUAAUCAUGUUCAUCUUGUGAUGUUUCUGGCACUUUCUUUCAUUGCAGUAACAGUACCGUGCUAAAAGCAUGUAUGUUCAGCACACACUUUUCCCUGAGCCAACUUAGAAUUAUUUAUCCAUUUUUACA